AUAUUUCCAACUCUAUCUAACCAACCCAUAUGCUCCAAAACCAAAAACCUCUCACAGAUGGAAGCAUCUGUAAGUGGCAUUUAUAAUGGAGGCCAAAACAUGACAACAUAAACUAUUCUAUAUCACAUGCUUCAUUAAAUGCCAAAUUUAUCACUUGUUCCAGCCGUUUCAAAACAAUUCAUUUCUCUCUGUAUCCACUUCCCUUUUCCUCCGAUUCAUGGGAACCUUGGUUGGGCCAGUUUUAUCAGCUUUGACAACCAGCAAGUAUCGACCACUCUUCCCUUCUCCCACUGCUUCUCUUCCUUCUUCAAAACCCCAUUUAACAACAUCAAGGAAGAUUCAUCAUCAUGAGAUCAACACCAGCAGGUUUGGUAACUUCCUCCACUUAAAACCAGAGUCGAAACCCGGGUGCUUAGAUUCCGAUCUUCCAUGGUUCAACCCUUCGGAUCGGCCGUGCUUCGAUGUCAUCAUUAUCGGCACUGGACCCGGUGGUCUCCGGCUCGCCGAGCAAGUAUCCCAAUACGGAAUCAAGGUAUGUUGUGUGGAUCCUUCACCGCUUUCGUUUUGGCCUAAUAAUUAUGGAGUGUGGGUGGAUGAGUUUGAGAGCUUAGGACUAGUGGAAUGUCUAGACAAGAUAUGGCCUAUGACUUGUGUCUAUAUUGAUGAUCAUAAGACCAAGUAUUUAGACCGGCCUUAUGGUAGGGUCUCUAGGAAGAUACUCAAGACAAAGUUGUUGGAGAAUUGUGUCUCAAAUUCUGUUAAAUUUCAUAAAGCUAAGGUUUGGCAAGUGAAACAUGAGGAAUUCGAGUCUACCAUUCAGUGCGAUGAUGGCGGUGAGCUUAAGGCGAGCUUAAUCGUAGAUGCUAGCGGUUUCAGUAGCAGUUUCGUUGAGUAUGAUAAACCUAGGAACUAUGGGUAUCAAAUUGCUCAUGGUAUUUUAGCUGAGGUUGAUAGUCAUCCUUUUGACUUGGAUAAGAUGGUUCUCAUGGAUUGGAGAGAUUCCCAUUUAGGAAACGAACCUUAUUUACGGGUUAACAACUCGAAGUUAGCAACGUUUCUAUAUGCAAUGCCAUUCGAUUCGAACUUAAUAUUUUUGGAAGAGACUUCUCUGGUUAGUCGACCUGUGCUAUCUUAUUCAGAGAUCAAGAGAAGGAUGGAAGCAAGGCUUAGGCAUCUAGGAAUUAGAGUUAGGAGAGUGAUAGAAGAUGAGAAGUGUUUGAUUCCAAUGGGUGGUCCUCUCCCUAGAAUCCCUCAAAAUGUAAUGGCUAUAGGUGGGAUUUCUGGGGUAGUCCAUCCAUCGACUGGGUACAUGGUGGCUCGGACAAUGGCGUUAGCGCCACUCGUGGCGGAGGCUAUUGCAGAAUGUCUUGGUUCGACGAGGAUGAUACGAGGGAGACCGCUUUACCAUAAAGUAUGGAACGGAUUGUGGCCGAUUGAGAGGAGACUUAGCAGAGAAUUUUGCUGUUUUGGCAUGGAAACCUUGCUGAAGCUUGACUUAGUGGGAACAAGGAAUUUCUUUGAAGCAUUCUUUGAUUUGGAUCCAUAUUAUUGGCAUGGGUUCCUCUCUUCAAGGCUGUCUCUUCAUGAACUUGCUUCUUUUAGCUUGUCUUUGUUCGGACAUGCCUCCAAUUCUUCCAGGCUUGAUAUUAUGUCAAAAUGCCCUGUUCCUUUGGUUCGAAUGUUGGGAAAUCUAGCUCUCCAAGUCAUUUAGUGAUGGAAGAUUUGAUCAAUGAGUGCACCAUUUUGUAUGCUUUCUUUUUCUUUCUUUCUUAUGUGGGAAUGUAUGAAAUUAUUUGAAUGCUCUGGAUCACCUUUUAAGCACAUUUUUUGAUGUAAAAUAUACUAAAAUUUUAUGAAUGAAUUGAUUAUAACUUUUAA